AUGCGCGGGGCCGUCCCCAGGCUCAGCCUGACGCUGCUGGCGGCGGAGAGCGGCGCCCGGCUCUGUGCCAUCAUCCACUACCUUGUCCGUGGGCAGCUGGGCUGGUUCGGGCUGACCAUCGCCUGCCUGGUGCCCGGCUACGCCGCCCAGCUCCUCAGCAUCCUCUGGUUCCGGGCAGACGGACACGCACCGGGCUGCUGGCUCCUGGCGCUCCACCUCCUGCAGCUGGGCCUCUGGAAGCGGUACUGGGAUGUUCUGCGGGCGGCGGCGGCGGAGACGGGCGGCGCUGCCGGGGAGGUGCUGGCUCAGCUCGGGGAUGUUUGUGUGCUGCGGCUCCUGGAGGCCCUGCUGCAGACCCUGCCUCACCUUCUGCUCCAGGCCUAUGUCGUGGUGGCCGUGGACCCAGCAGGCUUCAUCCCUGGUGUCAGUGCAGGGCUGUCCCUGCUGUCCCUGGCCUGGGCUUUGGUCUCCUACAGCUACUGCACCUGCCUGCUGAAGCCUGGGCACCUGAGCCCGCCGGCCGCCGUCAUCCUGUGCCUGCUGCUCUGGAGGACAGGGAUGCUGGGCACCCGGGUCCUGGCCCUGGUGCUCUUUGCCAGGCUCUAUUCCUUCUGGGUUUUCGCUGUGGCAGGGGUCCACUGGCUGCUCAUGUCCUUCUGGCUGGGGGCCCAGCAGACCGAUAUCGUGGCCCAGCCGUGCCACUGGAGGCUCUUCAACUGCCUGCUGGGAGCUGUGUACAUCUUCUGCUACAUCAACGUCAGGCCCGGCCCCUCCAAGUCCAGGGUGGCCAUAUUUUAUGCAAUAAUGCUGAUGGAGAACACACUCCUGCUGCUCUUGGGCACCCGGUUUCUGCAGGUGGAGCUGAGGAACAGCCUGACUGUGACUGGAGCUGUCAUGUCAGGGUCUGUAAUAGGUGCCACAGCUCUGGUGAUUUACUACAGCCUACUCCAUCCCAAGUCCACAGAGAUCUGGCAGGGAUUCCUGGAGACAAUCUGCAGUGCUGCAGCACCUGGGGAUGAGGAAGUGUCUGGAGAGAGCUCCCAGGCUGGGCAGAGUUCAGGGGCUUUGGGAGAUGAAGGGUCCUUGCCAGGGGAAGGGACCAAGACAGAGCCCAAAAACGAGACCAGCUCAUCGCUGCUGCAGUCCAAAGGGUGUUUGGAGGACAGCUGGACAGACCAUCACCACUGGCUGCUGGUGAAGCUGGCCUUGAAGACAGGAGAUCUGUCCGUGAUCAACGCAGCUUUCGGAGAUGGUGGCGUGGGAGAGGCUUUUCCUGGAGGAUGGGUGAUGGAGAAACCCCCUGGUGUUGAGCCUGGGACAAACCUUUCCCUCCCCAUGAGGGACAUCCAUCCCUCUGGGCUGGCAGUGGGGAAUGGAGGAGGCAUCAAACCCAGUGCUGGCACUCUGGGAAUGGCACAGGAGGAUGGAGCAGGGCAGGAGCCUGAUUUUCCCCCAUCCACAUCCCAUGCCAGUGGCUUCUCCCCGGAUUCAACCGAGAGCUCCUCUGUGUAUUUCAGUGCAAGUGCAGGAGGCGUCGCCUCGCCUGGGACAGGGACAGCCACAGCCACAGCCACGAGCACAGCCCUGGUGCAAAGGGACAGCAAAGCUCAGCCUCCCCCAGGCUGCCUGGGAGAAGGAGGAGGAGGAAGAGGAAGGGAUUUAUCCCUUGGGAUGGCCAGCAUCAGCCCAAUCUUGGGUGCUUGUCCCCACAGGUGUUUGCAGAGAAGCUCUUCCUUCGGCAACACAGGCAGCUGUGGGGUGGCAGGUCCCCCCAAAGAGGGCUCAGAGCCCACAGGGACAGAGGGUGCCCUUGUGGGGUGCCAUCACCUUUGGGACACCCACCCUUGUGGCCCGCAGGGGACUGUGGUGAGGAGCAAGCUGAGGUCACCGUGCUUCACCUCCACCCCCAAGGCCAGCUCUAAAUGCCCUCAGCGAGGACUGGGGGAGCUGGGAGAGGGGACAGACCUGUCUGGGGUCCCAAAGUGACCCUGUGAAUGGCUGCACUGUCACCUUGGGUCAGCCUUGGGGUGGCUGUCUCAUCAAGAGGCUAUGGCAGGAGGUGGUGGGACGAAGACUGUCCCCACGGUUCCCCUGCCAUGGGGCAGAUGUGCUCCUCCGUCACUGAUCAUCACCUGCCCUCCCAGUACAUCUUCUACAGGCAGGCUUGAAGAACUUCAAAAGCCUUAAAAAGCCCUAGAAGUCCAGGGCUGGUUAUUUGUUGAGCUUAUUUAUGUCACAGACCUG